GAAGCGAGAGGCGCGCUGAAGGAGCCAGAUGUACCGUGAUAAUUAGCCGAGGAUAUUAAUGGGAAUAACGGGAUUAUGAGGAUUUGAGGAGAAGUCACCAGAAUCCGGUGUCACGCAGGGCGGGGGAUUAAGUUAGGCGUCUUUACUUCUUCCCUCUGCCGUUAUGGGGAUAGACCGGCGGCGGAGAGCAUCGUUGGCUCUCACCUUGAACUUUCUCGCCUUGUUCCUGGCUGUGUCGGCUCUCACCACCAGCUACUGGUGCGAAGGGACACGGAAAGUGGUGAAGCCGUUCUGCACAGGACCGGUCACCACCAAGCAGUCCUUCUGCAUCAGGUUCAACAGCACCAACAUCAACGACACGCGGCUGGUGCAGUACAUCUGGGAGACCGGGGAGGACAAGUACGUGUUGAGGAAGUUUCACACCGGCAUUUGGUUCUCCUGCGAGCAGAACAUCAACAUGACCGGUGAGAAUUGCAGAAAUUUCCUUUAUGUUGCACCAUCAAAUGAAAGAGGUGUGCUGUGGCUGUGCAUAGUUGCAGAGUGCCUCUACAUUCUCCUGCUGGCCACCGGAGGCAUCCUUAUGUCCAUAGAAGUGUGUCACAUCGGCAACGUCAUCGACGGGCUCAAGCUCAAUGCCUUUGCCGCCAUAUUCACUGUGCUGUCAGGUCUGUUGGGGAUGGUAGCCCACAUGAUGUUCACCACAGCCUUCCAGCUGACAGUCAGUCUGGGCCCAGAGGACUGGAAACCUCAGACGUGGGACUACAGCUGGUCAUACAUUUUGGCAUGGAGCUCCUUCACGGCCUGCAUGGCAUCCUCAGUCACCACCAUCAACCGCUACACCAAAACCAUCCUGGAGUUCAAGCACAAGCGCAGGAACAUUGAGAAGAACCUGAAGAUCAAGCAGAAGCUGUUGGAGCUGGACUCUCCGGAGCAGGUGUGGGACAUGUACAUCAGCUCUGUGCCGAGCACUGCCGAGGAACUGCUCGACCUGUCGUCAGAUGGACGCAAGCUGUCCAACACCUCCAUCUUCUUAGACCUCAAUGACCUGCCAGAUCCACAGGGAGAGGAAUACUGCUAGACGAGCAGCGUGUAGCAUUUUGGAACAUGAUUCUGUCACUAUCAUGUCCAGUGUCUUACAAGGAUGUAAAUACUUUAAGGAUAAUGAGAUCAUGAUUGAGACCUCUGGGGAUUUUAAGUGAUUAGCCAAAAUGUUCAACAUUUAGCAUUCGUAAAUCAGAGCACUAAUUUGGAAGCAUAUUUCUGGUCACUUGAUAAACAUAACUCUGGCAUUUGCUUUAAUUUUAGCUCUGUUUUGGUCUUCACCAUUCCUGAGAACUACAACAGGAUGUUUAAUUUGCAAAUGGUUCACUGUGUUCAACAGAUACUUGCUGACGGGUGAUGACAGCCAUGAACCCAAAACCAUAAAAGCACAGCAGGAUGUUACAUAUUUUCAGCAUAAUAACUUCAUAUUUAAGGCAGAAGAUUUAAAGGUUUUGGGGUUUUUUACACAUCCUUAAUCCAGGAUGUGUAAAAAUCCUGGAUUAAGGAUUUUUACACAUCCUUAAUCCAGUUUUAGUUUUAUAUUCAUGCGUCAUUAGCAAGGCUACAACGACAAUUAUUGUUUCUAGCAGGAAGACUAUUUACCUUACUUUGAAUAAAAAGUCAAUAAAAAAAACAAACUUGCAUUUUCAGAUCAUCAUAUCAUCUUUUGUUAGAAAAUAAUUUUGCCCUUCACAAUAAGCAGGGAAGCUAUUUACUAGGAACUUAUUCUGUAUAUUUGUGUAGUGAUAAAACAAAAGAUAAAACAACAAAAAAUCUGAAAAAAAAGCUUUUCACCAUUUAAGUUAUGGUCAAAGCUGAUCUGCUGUGGCACAGCAUAUCAACAAAUAUACUGUCAAUAUACAGUAAAUGUGCCAUUGAAGCUAAUUACACUACUGUAAAAUUCAAAAUGAAGGUUUGCCAUCUCCUCAGCAAUGAUCUCAGUGAUCACAGUGAUUGUUUAUUACCUCAAAACUCAUCAAAUGUACAUGGAAAUUUGAUUUGGAAUCUUAUCCUGGUUCUGAUCAAAUUCAGAACAUGAUACAUAAAAGACUCCACAGGGAUCCAGUUGGUUCAGGCCAACUGUUUAAAGCUAAUCAAGCCCCCUAUAACCUACAUAGCUGUCCUGUUAAAACUGAGUUAUAGCCUUAUCCAGAUUUCUGAAACCAAAACAUAUACAAAACAUAACUAGGAUACUUCUGCAUACACCAAUGCUCAAGUGGUACAUGUAGCUCCUUCCAUGUCUAGUACUUCUAGUCGCUGAGCCCACCACAGUCGUUCUUCCCCGUUCAUAAAAGAUAGACAUAGCCAUCAUGUUUUGAAAUCCUAAGUGUUUUGGCCGUCUCCAUCAGGGGGCGUAACAAGCAUGGUUCAGAUUUGAUGAGAACCUGAAGACACUGGAUGAAGGUUAGCUGUGCCCCAAAGCAUAUAAACUGUCUAUUUUAUUUUAAAUGCAACAUUUAAAAAAAAAUAUCAUCAUCUAUUGAAACUAGCAACAUUACAGAAAUGUUUACUCUGAGAAAUAGGAUACAUUUUUCUCAUUGGCUGUACAGAGGCCGCUCUUCAGUCGUUCUUAUUUUCCAUGUAGGAGUCACCCCAUGGUGGCCGUUAGUAUAAAUGAGAAAAGGUGAAGCUGAGGAACCUAACAAAAGCCAAGAGAAAAGCUCCAUAGAAAGGACAGUGAUCUGAUCGCUUCUCCAACAUCUACAAUUAGUUCAGUGAGGCGUAAAGAGUCUUGGGUUGCUGAAUUUUAAAGAUUAACUAUUGAUGAAGGUGUACAAAGUUGCUAAAGCUGCGUGUGUCCAUGACUCACUCAGCUGUAAAUAGACAUUGCUGGACCGACAGUAUCCAUAUAUUGAUACACUGCCUCACACCUAACCAAACAUGUAAACCAAAUGGGAUUUAGUGGCAUCAAACACACUGCAUUAGGUCUUUAGAACCGAGAAGUACGACCACGAUCGAGGAACCGUAGCAGCAUUGCUCUGUCUAACACAUGGAAACACAAGAUGAUUUUAAGGUGUAUAGCAAGAAGGUUCUGGGGGUGGAGGAUGCCUGCAGGCCACGCUGAGUGCCUUUACUUCCAGCAGCAUGCCUCCGCUCACGCAGCAUGCUCUGCGCUCACAACAUAUGAAUAAGGGCAGUGCUGUUUCUCUGAAAAAGUAACUGCUUUCGAGGAAACAUGUAGCUGUCUGUGCAAACUGCCAAAACCCAUCAGCGAGAGAACCGCGCGUCUUUUGAAGCUCUCUGUGUUAAUAUUUACUUGAUGAUGGGGGUAUUUUUCUUGUAUUGACACACUGGGAUUGUUGCUACUUACAGUCAUUUAAGUGCAUUUCAAAGUAUAUCUUUGUGUACCUUAUUUAUUUGUUCUGUUUAAAGUGAAAUGUAAACGUAGAUGACCUGACAGCUUAUUCUUCUUGAGUUUAAAUUAUCUUUGACUUUCCUGGGUUGCAGUAUACGCUGAAGCAUGGAUUGUUGUGUUUUUACAAGUAUGUCAUGACUUAUUUACAGUGGCAUUUUUGUGUAGUGUUCAUUAGUUGCUUUUUUGUGGAUAAUUGUUUUAAGCUUAAUAUGUUAAUAUGAAUAAUACAUUUUUAUGAAAAGAUUUGAUUUGAAGGCAAUCAAGGAGCAUAUGUCAUAAUAAAGAAGUUGUUUUUAAUCAUAUUUUCUGCUGGGCUUUAACCCCACAGUUCCUUGCUUUCACCACAAGAUGGCGGUGUUGCCUAACUUUGAAAUGA